AUGUCGGCUCCGGUGAGAACUGAGUUAUGUUGCUGUGGGUGUACGGAGGAGCCGUGCCCACUGGUUGGUCCGAGCUGCCCCGCUCCCAGAGCACCCUGCAAUAACACAGCAUCGGAAACUGUGAGGUGUUCCGCUUUACAACGACUUUUCGAAAUUUCUCAACACAAAAUUUUCGCUGAUGUAGAUGUAGACGAUGAGGAUGUGACGUCAACGGUUCAUCCGACGCCUAAUUUGGAAAUUGAUCAACAGAAAACUCUUCAACUACUCCCAACAUUGGAUGCCAGGGAGGUUCAACAUAUGAAAAAUGAGAUUCUGGAAAUUACUGCGAAUAAAACACGAAAGGCUGAAAUCCGGCUGAGUCCUAGAGUGGAAUCAGAGAGGGUCAAUGGGCUGCACAGGAUCUCGCAUAUGAUGAAAGAGAUGGAGGGGAUGUUGAUGUUGAUGAGAGAUGAGAUAACUACACAAAUUGAGAAUUCGAGUCCUGUGAAGUUGUUAGAGGAGGCUGCAACUAGGACAGAGGUCGACUCGUCGAUACACGCGACGAGAGGGUCGAGAGUGAAGAGAGCGGAGACGGACAAUUGUAAUGAUGAGAAGUUGCGGAAGUUGAUCAAAGAGAACAUCAAAAAAGACCCGAAAAGUUCAAAGCGGGAAAUUCAAAAAGCCGCAAAUAAGGAGUUCGGAGGCCACUUCAAUGUCAUUUGUUCCCCGUGUGAAUUCUCCUUCGUCGUGGCUUCCCAGAAGUAUUGCGACGGAUUCAAGGAUGACGUGGCAUGCUUCGCCUUUCUUCAACCACCAACGAAACUGAAGUUGGAUGAGGAGUAG